AUGGAGGGCCGUAGGAGGAGCAGCGGUAUGAACAUACCUUCCGGCGCUGGUGAAGACAUCAUGCGAACACUAUCCCGCACAUUUUCCGGCAAAUCAAGACAAGACGAGAACAUCCAACGAGAAGACGACAGUGCAGACAGCGAUUCCGCCAAGACCAAGGUGGAUGAAUGGAGGCUGGCAAGCGAUGUGAAGGAUCUUCAGCAAAACGAUCCAACCGAUGGACGAAGACUUGGUGUUACAUGGAGCGGGCUCACUGUCAAAGUGGUGCCUUCAGACGCACGUUUGCAGGAGAAUGUGCUCAGCCAGUUCAACAUUCCACAGCAGAUCAAGGAGUCACGACAAAAACCAGAACUGAAGACCAUUCUCGACAACAGCUUCGGCAGCGUACAGCCGGGCGAGAUGCUGCUGGUGCUGGGAAGGCCUGGAUCUGGAUGCACCACCUUACUGAAGAUGCUCGCCAACAAGCGCAAGGGGUACGCACAAGUCGAAGGCGAUGUGCACUUUGGCUCGAUGGACGCCAAGGAAGCCAAAAAAUAUCGCGGCAACAUCGUCAUCAACACCGAAGAGGAGCUUUUCUUCCCUACGCUCACAGUAGGCAAGACCAUGGACUUCGCUACAAGACUGAACAUCCCACGUACUCUUCCGAGGGAUUCCGCCACUCCCGAGGAGUAUCGCCAGAAGUUCAAGUCAUUCUUAAUGGAUUCUAUGGGAAUAUCUCACACCGAGGACACCAAGGUUGGCGACGCCUUUGUUCGCGGUGUAUCUGGCGGAGAGCGCAAACGAGUCUCUAUUAUCGAGACUUUGGCCAAUCGCGCCAGCGUAGCCUGCUGGGAUAAUUCCACACGUGGUCUCGACGCAAGCACUGCUCUAGAGUACACUCGUGCUCUCAGAUGCUUGACAGACGCGAUGGGCAUUGCUACAAUCGUCACAUUAUACCAGGCAGGCAACGGUAUCUACGACCUUUUCGACAAAGUCCUCGUGCUCGACGAGGGCAAGCAAGUUUUCUACGGCACUCGCGAACAAGCUCGACCCUUCAUGGAAGAGCAGGGCUUCGUAUGCAGCGAGGGUGCGAACGUUGCCGACUUCCUCACUGGUGUGACAGUACCAUCUGAGCGACAGAUCAGAUCCGGAUUUGAAGGCUUCCCACGCAACAACAUUGAGCUAGAGCAGGCCUACCAACGGUCUUCCAUCAAGGCUGCCAUGGAACAAGAACUGUCAUAUCCCACAAGUGACGCCGCAAAGUCGAACACCCAGUCCUUUGUCGAAGCUAUGGCGAUAGACAAGUCAAAGCAUCUUCCAGCAUCAUCUCCCAUGACAGUCUCGUUCUAUAACCAGGUGAAAGCCUGUGUGGCUCGGCAAUACCAGAUCCUCUGGGGAGACAAAGCGACGUUCAUCAUCAAGCAAGGUUCUACACUCUUCCAGGCACUCAUCGCCGGUUCGCUCUUCUACAACGCCCCCGCGACCUCUUCUGGUCUGUUCGUCAAGGGAGGAGCUCUCUUCUUGGCUCUCCUCUUCAACGCAUUGCUAGCCAUGUCGGAGGUUACGGACAGCUUCUUCGGUCGCCCUAUCCUCGCCAAACACAAGAACUUCGCUUUCUACAACCCGGCAGCUUUCUGUAUCGCCCAGAUCGCAGCCGAUGUCCCGAUUCUACUGUUCCAAGUCACUAUGUUUAUGGUAGUGCUGUAUUGGAUGGUGGCUUUGAAGGCUACAGCUGCUGCUUUCUUUACUGCAUGGUUCGUCGUAUACGUCGUCACCUUCGUCAUGACUGCCUUCUUCCGCAUGGUCGGCGCCGCCUUCCCCAACUUCGACGCCGCUUCCAAGGUUUCGGGUUUCUCCAUCACAGCUCUCAUUCUCUACAUCGGAUACCAGAUCCCGAAGCCCGCGAUGCAUCCAUGGUUCGUUUGGAUCUACUGGAUUGAUCCUUUGAGCUAUGGCUUCGAGUCUCUGAUGGCGAACGAGUUCUCUGGUCAAGACAUCCCUUGUGUCAACAACAACCUCAUUCCGAACUUCCUUCCUCAAUACCAAAACGGCGUCAACCAAGCUUGCGCAGGUGUUGGCGGAGCUAAGCCUGGAGCUACCUCGGUCAGUGGUGACGAUUACCUGGAGAGCCUUUCUUACGCCAAGGGCCACAUCUGGCGCAACGUCGGUAUUCUGUUUGCCUGGUGGUUCCUCUUCGUGGGCCUGACCAUCUUCUUCACACUCCGAUGGGACGACUCAGCCAGCUCUGGAGGCGCUCUCCUAAUCCCCCGCGAGAACAAGAAGAAGGUCCCACGCUCUAUCACACCUGGCGACGAAGAAGCUCAAGCAAAUGAGAAGAGCCCCAGAACCGACGGCGCCGACGAAAAGGCUACUGAGACCCAGGACUUGAGUGCCAACCUCAUGCGCAACACCUCUGUCUUCACCUGGCGCAAUCUAUCAUACGUUGUCAAGACUCCAUCUGGUGACCGCACGCUUUUGGAUAAUGUUCACGGCUACGUCAAGCCGGGAAUGUUGGGAGCCUUGAUGGGCUCAUCUGGUGCUGGCAAGACAACCCUCUUGGAUGUAUUGGCUCAGCGAAAGACAGAUGGCACUAUCCAUGGAGAGAUCCUCGUCGACGGCCGUCCACUUCCUGUUUCAUUCCAACGUUCCGCGGGCUACUGCGAGCAACUCGAUGUCCACGAGCCUUUCGCGACCGUCCGGGAAGCACUCGAGUUUUCCGCCCUCCUUCGUCAAAGCCGCGAUACCCCACGCGAGGAGAAGCUGGCUUACGUCGACACUAUCAUCGAUCUGCUCGAGCUACACGACCUGGAACAUACAUUGAUCGGUCGUGUUGGAGCCGGAUUAUCGGUUGAGCAGCGCAAGCGCGUCACUAUUGGUGUCGAGCUUGUUUCUAAGCCUUCCAUUUUGAUCUUCCUCGAUGAGCCUACCUCUGGUUUGGACGGCCAAGCCGCUUUCAACACCGUUCGAUUCCUUCGCAAGCUUGCCGACGUCGGCCAGGCCGUCUUGGUUACCAUUCAUCAACCGUCCGCUCUGCUCUUCGCCCAAUUCGACACUCUUCUGCUUCUCGCAAAGGGCGGCAAGACCGUGUACUUCGGUGACAUCGGUGACAACGCUUCUACCAUCAAGGAAUACUUUGAACGAUACGAUGCUCCAUGCCCUCCGGGUGCCAACCCAGCAGAACACAUGAUCGACGUGGUUACAGGUACACAGGGCAAAGAUUGGCACCAAGUCUGGCUAGAUUCGCCAGAAGCUGCACGCAUGCACCAAGACCUCGACCAUAUCAUCACCGACGCUGCUGGUAAAGAGCCCGGUACCACGGAUGACGGCCAUGAGUUCGCGACGAGUCUCUGGACACAAACCAAGAUUGUCACCAACAGGGCCAACGUCAGCAUGUACCGCAACGUCGACUACGUUAACAACAAGUUCGCCCUUCACAUCGGUACCGCACUCUUGAUUGGUUUCAGUUUCUGGAAGAUUGGCAACACCGUCGCCGACCAGCAGCUCAUCCUCUUCUCUCUGUUCAACUACAUCUUCGUCGCACCAGGUGUGAUUGCACAACUACAGCCCCUCUUCAUCGACCGUCGCGACAUCUACGAAACACGUGAGAAGAAGUCGAAGAUGUACUCUUGGAUCGCCUUCGUCACCGGCCUCGUCGUCUCCGAGAUUCCGUACCUCAUCAUCUGCGCCAUUCUCUACUACGUCUGCUUCUACUACACUGCUGGUCUUCCGUCGGACUCCAACAAGGCAGGCGCCGUGUUCUUCGUCAUGCUCAUUUAUCAGUUCAUCUACACGGGUAUCGGCCAGUUCGUUGCGGCGUACGCUCCGAACGCUGUAUUUGCCUCGCUGGUCAACCCCCUCAUCAUUGGAGUCCUCGUCUCUUUCUGCGGUGUCCUUGUGCCCUAUGCGCAGAUCCAGGAAUUUUGGCGCUACUGGAUUUACUGGAUGAACCCCUUCAACUACCUCAUGGGGUCGUUGCUCGUCUUCACAGACUUUGACUGGGAGAUCAAGUGCUCCGAGUCUGAGUUUGCAAUGUUCGAUCCCCCAUCUGGCCAGACAUGUUCCGAAUACUUGACAGCGUGGAUGGCUGGACCAGGCAGUCGCACGAACCUCGUCAACCCUGAUGCUACUUCCGACUGCAGAGUCUGCCAAUACACCAGAGGAAGUGAUUACCUGUACACGGUCAACUUGAACGACUACUACUACGGAUGGAGGGACGCGGCGAUCUGCGUCAUCUUCGCCAUCUCGAGUUACGCGCUGGUGUAUGUUCUCAUGAAGCUGAGGACCAAGGCGAGUAAGAAGGCGGAGUAA